AUCUCAUCUGCAACCAGUCCCCCACCUCGUCUUCCACCUCCCAGCGAGAUCCCCACCACCCUCGAACCCAUCAUCAUCCAUGGCACCCAAGGCGGAGAAGAAGCCGGCGGCCAAGAAGCCCGUGGAGGAGGAGCCCGUGGCGGAGAAGGCCGAGAAGACCCCCGCCGGGAAGAAGCCCAAGGCGGAGAAGCGGCUGCCGGCGGGCAAGACCGCCUCCAAGGAGGGCGGCGAGAAGAAGGGCAAGAAGAAGGCCAAGAAGUCCGUCGAGACCUACAAGAUCUACAUCUUCAAGGUCCUCAAGCAGGUGCACCCGGACAUCGGCAUCUCCUCCAAGGCCAUGUCCAUCAUGAACUCCUUCAUCAACGACAUAUUUGAGAAGCUGGCCGGUGAGUCUGCCAAGCUCGCGAGGUACAACAAGAAGCCCACCAUCACCUCCCGGGAGAUCCAGACCUCCGUCCGCCUCGUCCUCCCCGGCGAGCUCGCCAAGCACGCCGUGUCAGAGGGCACCAAGGCCGUCACCAAGUUCACCUCCUCCUAGACUGCCAAUGUGUUCUUGGAGAGUCCCCAAGUCUCUGUCCUCUGUUUCAUCUGUAGUUGUUAGAUGCCUGAAGUGUGUUUCUGACCAUGUCACAUGCUGUAAGAAAUGAGCCGCACUGUUAUUUCAAUCUGAAGAAAUAUUACUGUUGCUGCUCCAA